AUGAGUGAAGUUGUUAGUAUCAAUAUUACAUCAGCAUUAGACGACGGGAACGAUGAAAAGGACAUCUGGAUCUUCGGAUACGGAUCGCUAGUCUGGAAGGCUGAUUUUCCCUUCGAAGAAAAGCGAACUGGAUACGUAAAGGGAUUCUUGCGGCGAUUCUUUCAAAACAGCACGGACCAUCGUGGGACGGCAGAACGGCCCGGGCGAGUUGUUACUUUGGUCCACGCUGAGAAUCCAGAGUCGAAAGUCUGGGGAAUGGGAUAUCGGAUUGCCGCUAGAGAAAAGCUCCAAGUACUGAAACAUCUCGACCAUCGAGAAAAGAACGGAUAUGAACGUCAUCUGGUCAAGUUUUAUCCUUACCCUUGGAGCGCAGAACAGUUGAAUGAUGCGCAGCAAAUUUUGCUGUACGUGGCCACACAGGACAAUCCAUCGUUUGCUGGGCAGCAAGAUGAUUUGAACACAAUUGCCGACCAGAUACUAGUAUGCACUGGCCAGAGCGGUAGAAAUCCGGAGUACGUCUACAAAUUGGCAGAAGCGAUGCGCCGGCUAUACCCGGGCGAGCAGGACGAUCAUUUGUUCGAACUGGAAAAAAUAUUGCUCCAGCGGGAUCCAUUGGGUUCGCUAUGCAAGCGAGAAGCAGCUCCCGACGCAGAAAUACAACGGUCCGAAACAAGCAAAGAAGGGUAAUAGCUGAGAAUACUACGUAAAACCAAAACCAUGGCUGGUGAAACUCAUGCAGACUUUUUCAGCAAUAAGAUUGCAGUUUGAAAAAAAAGGAAGCGUUGAUUGAUUAAA